AUGCUUGGGGGAGGUACGAAGCAAUACCUCUAUCGUAGUACUACUACGUGGCAUAAAGCCAUCCGAAUUAAUCGGAAUCUGGUGAGGCUAACGCCAACCCACCAGCUUGCUCCAAGACGAGUUAUGCUUGGGGGAGGUACGAAGCAAUACCUCUAUCGUAGUACUACUACGUGGCAUAAAGCCAUCCGAAUCGAUCGGAAUCUGGUGAGGCUAACGCCAACCCACCAGCUUGCUCCAAGCAGAGUUAUGCUUGGGGGAGGUACGAAGCUAUACCUUCAUCGUAGUACUACUACGUGGCAUAAAGCCAUCCGAAUUAAUCGGAAUCUUGUGAGGCUAACGCCUACACACUAGCUUACUUAAAUCAUAGUUAUGCUUGGUGGGAGGUACGAAGUAAUACCUCAAUUGUAGUAAUUGCUACAAAGCGUCUAGUAACCUGAAUAAAAUCCCCAUGAAGACAAGGGAUAAAGCACUAGAUCGCUCCAAGCAUUGGUCGCUUUCUCAGACUCUCACGUCUCGAACUCUACGGGCAUGCUGCCACAUGAGUAG